UGCAACGUUACACACUGCACUAACUCAAGCGUUUGCUUGUUGUCAGUUGACAAACGAAACUGUAAAUGCGCCGUAGGUUACUACGGUGAUCUGUGCGACAAAGUUGCGGUAAUGACCGUGAUGUGCGGGAAAGAUUACAUUUCUAUCGUGGUGAUCGAAGACUUUUUCAAGUACUACAAAGUGCCGUUGGAAUCUUUGCACUUGACAAACAAAACCUGCCGCGCUGGAAGAGAAGUGAUAGAUGGUAUAGCGUAUUACAUAGUGCGGACACCAAAAGACCAGUAUAUUCCCUGCGGUGGUAAGCCUCUGGAGAAUAACAUGACUCAUCUUUCAUAUUCAUUGACGCUGAUGUCAGAUCCACAAGUACACGAGAAUAUUGUCAGAGAGCCUGUCAUAAAGAUCGAAUAUAAGUGCGUCUACCCGUACAUCCGCAGGAUCAGCCUGCCUUUUCCCAUCAUUCCUUUCUCCAGUGAGACAGUGCUGCGGGUGGAUGAGCUGGAGGCAAAGGUGGAGAUGAACCUGUUCAAAGAUCACACUUACACAGAGGCUUUUACCAGUGCUCCCACUAUUCAUCUCCGAGACAAAGUGUACGUACAGGUCCGAGUGACAGAGCCUGAGGACUUCUUCCACCUCAGGGUGAACGAGUGCUGGGCCACGCAGACGCCCAAACCUAACGAAACUACCAGCAUGCAUACAUUACUCCAAAAUGGAUGUGUGGAUGACGAGACGGUUGCCUUCCUAAACAGUUCAGCGGAUGACACUGGGAGGAACGGUGUGGGCUCCACCGUGCAGUACACCUUUGACAUGUUCCGCUUUGUGGUGGAACCACAUGAACUAUACCUACAUUGCACCGUGCGCCUCUGCCCGCCAGAUGACGGAGGUCCCUGUAUUCCUGAGUGCAAAACCAUCACGAAGAGGGAGGCUGUAAAGGGAGAUCCCACACAAGGCCUUCUGUCAUAUGGACCAAUCAGGAUUGAGGUGCCAGAGAGCCAAAAAUCCAAUCUGCUCAUAGUCUUGGUGCUUCCUGUGGGAGUGAUUUGGGUCCUGGGUGUUUUCCUUCUCAUCCUGAUUACGGUUGCCAAAGCUGGGAGCAGACGUCUCUCUCGCCUUUCACGUACCUAA